AUGGACUAUAAUAGGAUGAACUCCUUCUUAGAGUACCCACUCUGUAACCGGGGACCCAGCGCCUACAGCGCCCACAGCGCCCACAGCGCCCCUACCUCCUUCCCCCCCAGCUCGGCUCCGGCUGUUGACAGCUACGCAGGGGAGACCCGCUAUGGCGGGGGACUGCCCAGCCCCGCGCUCCAGCAGAACUCAGGCUAUCCCCCCCAGCAGCCGCCUUCUGCGCUCGGGGUGCCCUUCCCCAGCUCGGCGACCUCGGGGUACGCCCCGGCCGCCUGCAGCCCCAGCUACGGGCCCUCUCAGUACUACCCUCUGGGCCAACCCGAAGGAGACGGAGGCUAUUACCAUCCUUCGAGUUACGGGGCCCAGCUAGGGGGCUUGUCGGACGGCUACGGAACCGGUGGAGCGGGCCCGGGGCCCUACCCUCCCCCGCAGCCCCCUUUUGGGAGCGAGCAGACGGCGAGCUUUGCAUCGGCCUAUGCUGAUCUCCUCUCCGAGGACAAGGAAUCGCCCUGCCCGUCAGAACCCAGCACCCCCACAGCCCGGACCUUCGACUGGAUGAAGGUUAAGAGGAACCCACCCAAGACAGCGAAGGUGUCUGAGCUGGGCCUUGGCGCGCCCGGCGGCCUCCGCACCAACUUCACCACGCGGCAGCUGACCGAGCUGGAGAAGGAGUUCCAUUUCAACAAGUACCUGAGCCGGGCCCGGAGGGUGGAGAUCGCCGCCACCCUAGAGCUCAACGAGACGCAGGUCAAGAUUUGGUUCCAGAACCGGCGCAUGAAGCAGAAGAAGCGCGAGCGGGAGGGAGGCCGGGUGCCCCCAGCCCCUCCGGGUUGUCCCAAGGAGGCGGCUGGAGACGCCUCCGACCAGUCGACGUGCACCUCCCCGGAGGCCUCGCCCAGCUCUAUCACCUCCUGA